CAUAAUAAAUUAAUUCCAAUGGGUUCUCAGUCUAGGCUAUUGCCUGAACUUCCUGUUAUAGAAUUUUCCCAGGAAAAUCUCAAUCCUGGAACGGAUCUGUGGAUCUCCACGUCCAAACGCGUCGUUUUUGCCCUAGAAGAGUACGGCUGCUUCGUAGCAACGUACUCUGAUUUCACUUCAGAAGCUGAAGACGAAAUUUUUCAUGCACUUGAGGAAAUGUUCGAUUUACCUACCGAGGUUAAGUCGAGAAACACCUCUGAGAAACCCUACUUUGGCUACGUCGGGCAACACCCCUCCAUUCCUCUGAAUGAGAGCUUGGGCAUUGACAAUGCGACGACCCUCGAAGGUGUGCAAAGUUUCAUGAACCUCUUGUGGCCGGCUGGUAACAAGCGGUUCAGCGAUGGCGCGCUUGCAUUCUCGAAGAAGGUAUCGGAGCUUGAGCAGAUGGUGAAGAGGAUGGUGUUCGAGAGCUAUGGGGUGAAGAAGUACUACGACUCGCAUGUCGCGUCGGCCACUUACCUCCUUAGGUUAAUGAAAUAUAGGGCUCCGGAGAUGAACGAGACAAAUCAGGGUUGUGACGUCCACACGGAUAAGAGCUUCAUGACCAUACUUCACCAGAAUCAAGUUGAUGGUUUGGAGCUCAAGACGAAGGAUGGCGAUUGGAUUGCCUUUGAAUCGUCACCAACAUCAUUCUUGGUCAUGGCAGGCGAUGCAUUCUUGGCAUGGAGCAACGGAAGGAUACAUGCUCCGUUGCAUCAAGUGGUGAUGAAGGAGAAGAAAUCGCCCAGGUACUCGCUGGGCUUGUUCGCCUUCCACAGUGGAAUAAUCGAAAUCCCGCCAGAAUUAGCAGAUCCUGAGAAUCCAUUGAAGUUCAAAGCGUUCGAUCAUUAUGGGUUGCUCCGUUACUUUUCCAAGGACGACGUCCCCAAAGAUGUGAGCUCUGCCCAGGCGUAUUGUGGCAUUUAAAAGAGCCACAGGAUCAGCUAGUUGAUAACGCAUCACGUUCUUCACGACUUAUGUUUUAUGCAAAGAUGUUUACGUUUUCGUGACGUGAUGAUAUAUACUUACGUUAUAUGUGCUGAAGAAAUAAGGUACUUGAGUGUGUAGCAUAUCAUAAUUGAGUGACGAUAGCAACUUGAACGA